AUGGAAGACGAAAACGAAGCAUCCAACGUACAACCUCCAAGUUCUGAGCAUGAAGGGUUUAUCGAAGAAAGGUUCGACGAAAAGUUCCCAAUCAUUGAGGUUUGCGAGAUUAGCGCUCCUAACACUUCAGGAAGUGUUACUCCAGAAGUCGUAACUCCAGAAGAAGAUUCUUCAGACGUUGAAAUGUGCUCGGACGAAAACUCUCCAUCCAAUGAAGCUCAUGACAUUGAGGUUACUCAGCACAAUCCAGGUGACGAUACUGCAGAAAAUGCAGCUCAGGGGAAAGAGCUGCCCAAUGCGCCCGAUCUUGACUUGCAGCUUUCUACGACAGAUAUCUCCGAGCUAGAGAUUUCCGAGGCAGAACCUUCCGAGCCAGAAUUUCCGGAAACCAAGCCCCUUCAAAUCGAAGUUACUCAACUCUCGGAACAUUUACCUGAAAUCAUUGAGAUUGAGGUUCCUCAACUUUUGAGCCCCUCACCUGAGCCCAUUGACGUUGACAUCCCGGAACAAUCCGACUCUUCACCCGAGCUAUCCGAGAUACCCAAUCAAGGACUCCAAGAUCACAGCGGAUCCGACGCAGACAACGAAUGUUCCGAUGGAAAAACCACUCGAGUCCUUGGAGAUUGGCAACUUCGCCAACUGGCAGAGAACGCACUUGAGAUUGCUCUUGAUGUCUCUGCACCAAAACCAUCAGCACAACUAAGUGAACCAAACAUUUGCAAGCCCCGAACUCCACUUCCCGAACGAGUGUGGCACCCAUCAACCAACCCCACGCGACCGAACAAACCAAAAUGUCCCCCAUGCGAACGAAAGAAGAAGAGAUUUGAUUGUUUGGGGGCUCCGCCUUGCAAUGAGUGUAGCAAGAGGAAUAUGACGGCCGAGCAAUGUGCAUCGUUUACAUUUUUGAGGAGACGAGGAAAGAGAAGACUGCAAGAUGAUGAUGGGAUGGUUACACAAAAAGCUGGAAAAAGAGAGAAGAGAAGAUGA